GCACGUUCCGGGUUCUGGAGUAUACAUUUCAGAGCAGCCGGAAUAGCUACUCUACAACGAUGGUCUGACGUGUUCGCGUACUUUCAUUUCUAUUUGUCGUGUGUUUUAGUCUUGUAAAGUCGUAUUUUGUGAGACGAUUGUUCUGUUUUGAUAUUUUACGUAAAUCUUUUCGGCUACAUAACCUGCAAGAAGUUCUCAUUGUGUUUCAAUUGUAAAGCAAUCCAACUAGAAAUAGACUUUGCCGCCCAUUCAAAACAACAGCAACAACAACAUCGCAUCUGUGCAAGAGUGUGGAUAACAGAAUAUGUAUAAUUGACAGCCGCAAAUGUUUCCCCGAUAUUCAGUUGUUUAUAUAUAUGUAUAAUUUUCUUGGCACAAUUUUGGCGGCGACCCUUCGACAAAUUCGGCCAAGUGUGUGUGCUAAAAGUGUACUUUGAUAAUGAAUUUGAUCAAAAAUCAAAACGAUUAGUGAACCAGUGACAUCAUGAAUCUAUAUACAAUAUAUGAUUGGAUUACAUCCCUUCUACGGACGAGCAGUGGCAGCGCCUUUUACAAGGCAAUCGAGGCACCAGAGGAGCCAGUCGGCGUAGCGUCGUCCACAGAUUCAACAGUCGCUGCUGGACAGCAGCAAGAACAAACACAGGCGGCUGCGGCGACCAGUCGCAAUUAUAUCGUACAAAAUGUGGAUGUUGAGUUUAUACCAACAUUAAAUUUUGUGUUUCACAAGUCUGUCGUCAAGAAGGAAGAGCUAAAGCAGCAGCAGCAGCAACAGCAACAGCAACAUGUUGCUGACGACUGCUCAGAUAACGAAUCGACGCACACAUAUAUAAUCUCCAGAAGUAGCUUGACAGCACUUACAAGCUGCUCAAGCAGCACUCCAUACGCGGUCACAUCGACCGAUACUGCAGAGCUACUGCGGCAACAGAAUAAUCUCAGUCUCACCGAGGACGACCAGACAGUGUCCUCGUUUAGUAUUGAACCGCCAACCAGUUCUAUGACCAUUGAAAUGGCCGAGCAACACACAACGGCGACAACAACCACAACAACAACAGCCACAAGAAGUGAGACAGCGAGCAGCAAUGAUAUAAUGGAGACUAGGGCGACCACACUGACUACAACGACAACCACAAGCAGCAGCAUCGAAGAGGAUAUCGAGGAGGCCAUCGAGUUGAGUGAGGUGGAGGAGCAACUGAACUCGAACAUUGAAUCGCUGUCCGAGGCAGCGGCUUUUGCCCGACCGCAACAACAAUCACAAAAAAGUGCCAAAACUGAGAGCAGUGAGGAAGCUGCCGAGUUUCGCAUUGACGACGCUGAACUCUCUGGCGGCCAGCUGGCCCAACAUUUUGUGGUGGAUGAUGAGAGUGAUGAUGACGAUGCUGAACCAAACAGUCCAAAGGAUCAAGCAACGCUGUCCGAUGACGAAGACGAAGACGAUGAAGAUGAUGAUGAUUUUGAUAUUAGUUUACCAUUGGAAAAUAGAAAACCAAUUCACUCCCGUCAUGAAGAAGAUGUUGACGUCGACCCUGGUGUGGAGGUGUCGUUGCAAGCACAGAACGAAAGCGAGAGUCUCAGCAACCAAAGCACCACAGACGAUGUCUCUGAUUUUGUGGAUGAACCGCAUCACGCAUCCGAAUCGGCAAUCGAAGCCGAUGAGGAGGAACAUCCGCAAAGUGCCGCGCCGUCGAGGCUAGAGGAGAGUGAAUUGGAUACAGCUGUUGGGCCACCCAGUGAGCAGGAUCAUUCAAUGGAAGAAAUCGUACACACAAAUGAGUCCAUAGAGAUCACUUAUGAUGGUGAAGAAGCGGCUGUUAGCAGCACGCUAUGCAGUGCAUCGCAAAAAUUAGAAAUGAUUACAGAUCUGGAUGGAUUGGAGCCAUCAGAUGGCCCACAUGCGGUGGCAACUUUAAGGCUGCCCCAAUUGCAACUGGCACAAAUAGUCGAGCACAAAAGCGCCAAGAUGCUUGAAACGCUGUAUCUGCAACCGGAGUCACAAGAACAAAUCAAUGAUGAGGAUGAAGAUGAGGAUGACGAUGAUGAUGAGGAGGAGGAGGCCUCCAUGCAGCUGCUGAAGCUACGUCUUAUGGCCAUGCAUCAGCAGCCGCUGUCUGAGAGCGGUGGCAAGAAUUCACCCACAGAAUCGCCAGCUUCACAGGAGAACACAACAACUAACAGCACAGCAAACGUGGAGCUGAAGCAAAUGGAACGUGUACCGCUGACAGAGUUCAGCAAGGAUGUGCUCGAGGACAUUACCGAGGAGAGUGAACGUCUACUUUCGCUGAGCACCACAGUGGAGGAGCCGAAAUCGCUGUCCCUGGAGGAGACAAAAACACUGCAAGAAUGCAAAGUUGGCAGCAAUUCAAGUUUGGUCAGCUUAAACAUGUUGAAACAGCUGGAGGCCAAGGUGCAGGAUCUACACUCACAGCUGGAGACCAAAGAUAACUGCCUCGCCUCGCUAAACAUGCAGUUGGAGACGGCACGUCGUGAACCCAGUGCGGGUCCAGCAUCUGCGCGGGACAGCAGCUCCCUGGUGACUACCUCAACGGAAUAUCGCACAUUCCAAGAGGAGUUUGGGGCGCCGACGCUAGACAUUUAUGUGGAGCUCUCCCGGCGCGAUGAUAUUAUUGCCAAGCUGACGGAAUCGCUGCAGCACUCGCUAAACGUGCGUGGCCAACUGCAAUCGGAUUCGGAUAGACUUGGCGACGAGGUGCAAGCGUUGCGCAGACAGCUGCAUGAGGCCAUCGACACCGUUAAACGGAGCAGCGGCUGGUCAGAUCGAGAGGCCAAUGCUGGCGGACACAUCUCGGAGAUUUCAAUGGAUCUGAUAAGCGAAAGCGACGAUGAUCUGGAUCGCAACUACCUGACAGAUCACGAGGAGCGUGUAUCGCGCAGUUCACGCGAACGACAGCUGUCGGUGCCUCGCCAGUCGGUGGGCGUUGAUGAUCUGGGCGUGGAACCGCUGCCACCUGAAUGGCCGCCUGCGUUCAGCAAGCAAAUAGAACAGUUCCAAAAAUGCCUGCUGCCCGGCGAGCUGCGACCGUUUCUUUUGGUGCAGCGCAAGUUUGAUGACUAUUUGUCCCAGCAAUUGUCACAGUGCCGGGAUCAGAGCGCCCAAGAGCUUCAAGCCAAUCGGGAGCAGUGGGAGCAGGACAAACUGGCCAGCGAGCAGGCACAGCAGGCGGCACAUGGCAAGCAAAUGGAGGAGCUGCGCAAAUACUUCGAGCAUCGUUGUGCUGACCUAGAGAAACAAUUCUCGGACGAUGUGUUCUCGCACAAGUCUCAGCAUGUGAGCGGCGACACCUCAUCCGAGUGUUCGGAGGUGGAGCAACUGCCCGAUGAGUUGGCCUCGAAGGAAUCAUCGCCGCGCAAGCGUAAACGUGCCGAAUUGCUGCUCAGUCCCAGUCAUCGAGAAAUCACGCCCAGCGGACUAGGUGCCCUGGGCGAGAAGGAGACCAAAGACAAUAUGUCGCUGGAGAUUGCCGACCUCAAAGUCUUCUAUCAGACGCAUAUUCAUGAGCUGAAGCGCUCCCACGCCGAGCAGGUUCGCAAACUGACCGAACGUCUGAGAUUCCAUGAGCGUCGUCAUGCGGACGAUGAUUAUCUGCCUGCACCUAAAUCACCGAGUACCUGCCAAAAAUCCAAUGAAGAUACAGUUGAUGUAUCGCCAGCGCCUGCCCAGAAUCCAAACAGCUCGCUAAUCAUAAUCGAUGAGGAUGAGCUGAAUUUCAAGAACGAAUCGCAGGUGAUUCAGCGCAUCAUUGAGGAGUAUGAGCGACGAUUGCAGGAGCAACUGGCGCUGGCACGCCAGGACAUUGCCACUGAGCUGGAGCAGCAGAUACAGAGUUUGUUGUCGGAGAACGCCGCGAAUGAUCAACACUGGCCCAAGGAGCUUAUAUUGUUACGCGAGAAGUUCACGGCAAAGAGUCAAUUGGAGAUCACCCAGUUGAAUAUCAAACAUGCUGAAGAGAUGUCGCGCAUAAAAUUGGAUUAUGAGAAACAACUCAACCGCAAGAACAAGCGGCAUCUGACCUUCGAUUCGGGUCGAGACUUGGAUCACAUUAUCAACGAGCGAGAUGGUCUGCGGGAAUUAUCAAAGAGUUUUCGCAGCGUCCUCUGUCGCCUGGCCAAGUGUGUGGCCAACUGUGAGGGCGACCUCAACGCAACACUCUCCGAGGAGAUGCAGCGCAUACUGGCACAUAGUCGCAGUCAGGAGGGUGGCGAUGAUUUAGAGCAAACGCUGAGCAGCUCUUUGCUGCAGGGUUCGUUCAAUAACACAAAGCAGCGUCUGGUGCCCGAUGUCCAUAGUCUCUUGGAAGUGGUUGAGGAUCCCAGCCUAGUGCAGUUUAUCGACAGCAAAAGUCCCGACGACAAUAAUGAAGAUUUCGAUUUAGGCGAUUGCCUCGAACGUCUAAAGUCAGAGGCCGCCUAUUUACUGCAACUCUCUGAGGAUCUGGAUAGGCCUAACGUCGCCGAACCUGCAGAGCCACUGGAUGAGACGGAGAAACAGGAACAUGAGCUGUGCUGCGAAGCCGUGGAUGGCCUAAAGACAACUGCACCACAGCAUCCAACUCAGCAGCAGCUGCUCCACGAGUUUAUGCGCACCAACUCGCUAAACGAUCAGCAUUUGGGCGAGGCGCAUCAGCGCAAGACCAGCCAUGGUGUACAAAUCAACAAGACGCACAGUUCACUGCCACUGGAUCUGCAGCAGCAGGCUGGCAAUGCCUCCGAGCUCAGUUUUCAGCUGAUAGAGCUGAAGAAUCGUCUAAUUAAAUCGGAAACAGAUCGUCAGAAACUGCAGCAACAACUCACGAAUACCAUCGAUCGUAAUGCCGAGUUGGGACAGGAGCUGGAGGCGCUGCGCGAUCAGCUAUCGCAGUUGAACUCACUGAAUCAUACAGAUUAUGCCGAGGGCUAUGGCCUCGGUGACAUGAAGAGCUCGCAGGCGCUAGAUCAGUCAUCGGCCAGCUUUGUCCAACUACAGGAAAGGGCACGCCAUUUGCUGACCUCACCCACGCAGAAGCAGCAGCAGCAGUCACAGGAGCCGGGUAAUUCAACGGUGCUAUUACUGCAGAUGAUAGAGGACUUCUGUCGCGAGGGCGAUAAGGUUGUGGAGUCUGGGAAGAAGGAUCGCGAAGAUCUGCAGUCACAGAUUGACACCGCUGACAAACAGCUGAAGGCCACCAGGCAGUUCCUGGAGGAGCAGGCCGGCGAACGCGAACAGGAACGCGAUGAGUUUCAGCGCGAGAUUGAGCAGCUUAAAUUGCAGCUGCGUGACAAGGAAAAAGAGCGCAGCUCUUUUGCCAAUGCCUCUGAGGAGUAUGCCCAGUUGGAGGCGCAAUUGAGCGAGGUCAAUCAACAGCUGGGCGAAUCGAAUGCAAAGCGAGACAAAUUUGAAGUGGAAUUGAAGGCGUCAAUAGACAAGAUCUUUGUGCUGCGCGAGAUUAUCUCGGAGCUGGAGACACAGGUGCAGACCAAGGCGCUCAACGAACAGGUGCUGGACGAGAAGGCCAAGCAGUUGGAGGACUAUGUACAAAUGCAAAUGCGUUCCAAUGAUGCCCUGCAACAGGAGGUGCACAGUCUGAAAACGGACAUCGGCGAAGGAUAUCAGACGCGCAUCCGUCAACUGGAGGAGAAACUGCAGCAGGGCAUACCCUCUGGCGAACACGGCGUGGCCGAGCAACUGCGUGAAAUUGAAACAACACUCGAACAAAAGACCAAGACACUGGAGUCCCUGCACAACUCAAACAACGCCUCCAACUCCUGCAGCCUGAGUGCCACAGAGGAUGUAUCUGUCCACGGUGGCAGUAAGCAGCCAACGGUUGCACAUACAGCGGAAAGUUCACCCACGCAUCACUCACUGACUGUGGAGGGAUUGCAGCGUGUUUCCGAGAAACUGGACAAGCAUACGAGGGUCGAGGAGGCUGCAAUCAAGCGCAUCCGUGAUCUGGAAAUGCAAGUCACUCAGAUGCGCAGUGGCUGUGUGGAAUUGCAGCACGAGCGCGACUCGUUGCAGGGCCGCAUCGAUGAGCAGUCGCAUCGAAUUUCAUCGCUGCAGAAGCGUCUGGAGGAGCAACGGCAACGGGCCGAGCAACUGCAUCGCGUAGGCACCUCCGAUCUCAAUACGCGUGUCCACGAGCUCCAGAGCGAGUUGCGCAAUCUGGGCGAGCAGUUGUCCGCCCGCGAUAAGCAAAUGGCCACCAUGCAACAGCAGCUGCAACGCAGCAAGGAUGAGAUUGUUCGCCUUGAGACAGAGCUUGCUGCACGCUCGCAGCCGGAUCGCAAUCUGAUCGAACGCUUGCGGGCCGAAGUGUUGCAGAAGGGCAACGAGUUGGACAAACUGAAGGAAACAAUGCGCACCGAAAUGGUCAAUCGUCAAUCGCUGCCCGAUCUGAUGCAAACCAUGCUGGCCGACAAGAACGACGAGAUUGACCAUCUGCAGGAGCAGCUACAGGCAAAGGAGCGCGAAUUGCAGGCAGCCAGGGAUGUGAGUCCAGUCUCCUCCCCGGCAGCGGGCAAACAGGAUGCCAGCACGAAACACAGUGCUCGCACUCUCAGCGAUAUUGGUUCGAUCACCGAGUUCCCCGAACCGGAUGUGGAACGUCGGGCAACAAUGCGCAGUCUCAAUGCACCCCUGCAGUUGCCCGAGUCUGCAGUGGGCUUCCUGCAUCAGACAAUGGAAACUUCAAAGGAAGCUGUCGCAAAUCUCACGUACAAGCGUACUGAUGACUUGAGUGGUUUUGUGGUGGCACAUCCGGCCAACACUUUUGAGCAUCCACACUACUUCCAGGAUCCCAAUGCACUUGGCGUAACCACACAAGUCAGUGGCGAAUUGACGCCAGGCUUGGUGCCGCGACAGAUCAAUUUCUCGAAUUUAACCGAAGACUCCAAGUUUAAGACGCCCAGUCUGUUGAUGCAAACACCAGAGCUGCCUAAAGCUAUAACAUCACCGGAACUGAAGCAGCUGAAGGAAAAGCUAUCCGCACUGGAGGAGGAGAAACAACAGCAAAAGACCGAACUGGAGCUGAAUCUUAACCAAUUGCAGCAGCAACUAGCACACGAAAAGGAGCAGCUGGACAGGCAGCAAAAGCUAAUACGCGGCCACGAGGAGAGUGAGCGAAAAUAUCGCCAACGCAUCGACUUGCUGGAGAACAGAAUUCUGGAGACUGCCGCCCAGGAGGCUGCCGAUCGUGAGACGCUCCGGAAAGAACUGAACUUGGUCAGUGCGGCGCAUGCACAAUGCGAACAACAGCAUCAGGAAAUGGCUGCGACACGAAAGCAAGAGUUAGAGACUCUCAAUGCUGAGAUAAAAACAAAGACGGAGCAUAAUCGAGAACUGACAGGACGAUUGCAGUUGGCAAUGGAGCGCACUGAUCAAUUGCAGCGACAGGUGCAGGAUUUGGAGCGUGAUCUCGAACGAUUGAAGAACAAUGAGCACAGCUCCAAGCAAUAUUCGGUAGACGAGAUUGCACAGCAAGUAGAAAAGGAGCUCAACUACUCGGCCCAACUCGACUCAAACAUACUCAAAGCCAUUGAGAGCGAAGAGGAGAACAAUUUGGACAACAAGUUGCACCAGAAGGAAGUCCAAACCGAUGCGGAUCCCACCGCUGGCAAUGGCAACGGUCACGGCACCGAUGACGAGAACUUUACGGGUGAACGUGAGCUGCUUAAUCAACUGGAGGCAGUUAGGGCUCAGCUGGCCGUGGAGCGCGAACAAACGGAGACGUUGAGCCAAGAGCUGCUGGGCGAGAAACAUCAUUCGCAGGAAAUACAGGAACAGGAUGUCCUGAUCAUCGAGGCGAUGCGCAAGCGUCUCGAAGCCGUUCUCGAAGCCGAAGAUGAGCUACACAAACAAUUGGACAUGGAGCGCGAACGAUGCGAACGACUGCAAACGCAGUUGACAUCAUUGCAGCGUGCCGAGAGUCGACGCAGCAGUUCGCUUUUAAAGUCACCCACAGAAUCACCACGGAAAUCACCGCGUGCCGAUUUCGAAUCGGAGCUGUGCGAACGACUACGCAGCGAACUGAAGCUACUGACUGCCCAGAAUGAGCGGGAAAGGGAACGAUCAGCGGACGCCCAACGCAACAGCGAACGGGAGCGACAACGGUAUGAGAAGGAGUUGCAGGAACGUGUCGCAUAUUGUGAACGACUCAAGCAGGAGAUGGAUAAGCUGGCGCGUGACAAGGAUUCGGCCGAAAUGGAGCUGGAGCAUUUCAACGAACGCCUCACACUGCAGGCCAACGAGAUAGAGAGUCUGGAAGCGCGAAUGGUGACCCUACAGGAGACGGAGACGCGUCGCGCCAACACCCGUGCUCGGCAGCACCAGGAAGAGGCCAAAUUGCAGGCCGAGAUUCAUGAGCUAAAAUCAAAGCUAUUGGCUGCCGAGUCCACGAAAGAAAACCUCGAACAGAAGAUCAACCAGUUGCGCUUUGAUGUCGCCCGCUCAUCGCAGCGCGAAUCAAAGUUAUCCGAGGCCUUGGCUCAGGCCAACGAUCGUCUGGCCCACAGCACUGAUGAUACUGUGCCGGCACAAUUCCUGCAAAAGAUGAAGGAGAUCAACACGCUGCUGGCGGAGAACACGCAAGAGAAUCGCCAGAUGGCCGAAACUGUGCAGUAUCUGGUUGGAGAGCGUAUUGCGCUGCAGAAGAAGUGCGAGGAACUUGGUGCGAGCAAUGCCAAUGGCAAUGGCAAUGGGAAUGCGAAUGUCAGUGAACUGGAGGAGCGAUGCCGUCAACUACUUGGUCGCUAUCUGCGCGUAGAGAGCCAUCGCAAGGCGCUCGUAUAUCAGAAGCGAUAUCUCAAGCUAACCCUGGAAAGCUACCAAGCGAGUGAACAGCUGGCGCUACAAAAUCUUGCUGGUGCUCCUGGAUUGAAACUGACCCCUCAGCGAGUUACCAAAAAAAAGCUCUUCAAGACUGUCGCACUGGCCAUCAUCGCCAUACAACGCAUCAAGUAUAUUGGUCGCAUUUGGCACACUGGCAAGCGUAUUGUUAGCAAAUCGGUCUUCACAAUAACGCAACAAAGAGCUGGCCCGUGUCUUAAUCUAAACGUGCCAGCAUCCCCCCUGCCCGUGGCCAAUCAAUAUGCCAACUUGAAUGGCAACACGCCCACCAAUUCGAACAACACGGGGCGUAUGAGUUAUGCGCCAGCCUCACCGUCCCACAUGCCAGCUGUGAACUUCAGCGCCCUGCAGCCCAUCGUACUAGCCCACGAUUAUACAUUGCAAACACCGGCCCUGCUCAAUAAUAAUCAUGGCAACAAUAGCUACAGCAGCAACAACAACAACAACAAUAAUAAUAAUAAAAAUGACAGCUUGUUACCUUCGUUGACCAGUCUGGACUGGCCGACGACACAAAAAUCGAAACGCGUUCAUUCGCGACAUCAUUGAUUAACGCAAAUAAAAACUGGAAUUAUGCUCAAAUCUAAUUUGUUGUAGAGAACCCAUUACCAAGACAGCCAUGCAUCCCAGUUGGAGGAUGUAUAUGUAUAUGAAGAGCGGCCCAUAUUAGUGUUAAUGUUCUAUUCCUGCUAAUUGUACAUUUUAAGAUGUUUGUUAAGUCAUUAUCAAUUAAUUGUAUCUCUAGUUAUAUCUAGUUAAGAGCCAAAAAUUGUCAACACCAACAAACCCUAGCUUGAUUAUGGUAUGUAAAUGUUAUUUGCAUGUAACAAUUAAUUAAUUAAUGUUUGGAAUUAUAGUUCUUAGUUGACCCUGUCUCAAACCCCAGUAUUUAUGUUCUAUAUAUGUUUAAACACUUAGUUUAUAUUGAUUUACCUAAGGAACAGCCACAUUAAUUACCCUAAUUUCGUUUAAUUUAAGUCCUGUGCGAUUGUUUAAUUGUUUUUAGGUUGAUUAAAGUAAACUUA